UCUGUUUAUAAACUUGGACUCAAUAGAAGUUCACAUUAAAGCCACAUCGACAUUUUUUGAGGAUGGUAACUUCAGGAUAGUGGAACAGAGCAUGCGCACUGCCAAAGCCGAUGACUGGCUGGAUGGAUGGAGUUACAUCCAUAAACAAACGACUAUCCUCGUGCAGGUAUACACACGGAGAUAUAAAGGCACUCAACGUACACAGCAUUACAUGUUAUGAAGAUUAAUUAAAUAUUAUAUUGAAAAUGCAAAUGAAUGCCAGAGAAUUUACCUAUUUAGAAGACUCAAGGAUACCCAUACCUGGUCUACCGGACAAAUCCUGGUUGUCACAGCGACAUCAAACAGAAAGCCAACACCUGCUAAGCCGUUCCUGUUAUAUUAGACACAUGGACUCUGCAAAAUGACUGAUGACUGAAGUCCUAUACUUAUCAUCCUAAACAAAUACACUGCAAAUAACUGCCUUACCUGAAACUGCCUUAAUUACUGGAUACUUUGCAACAAGGAACAUAUUACGCUAAGGCAAAACAAAAAAACAAAAGUGAGGUACAGUAUGCCAGAGGAAGUGUGCAAGUUUCAAGGUCAGUGUUAUCGUAAGCUGAAGAGAUCAUGUCUGAGGCGAGGAGCUCUGUUCCAAGAUCCAUUCUUUCCUCCUUCAGCUGAGUCACUGUUCUACAAAAGAACGCCCCCUCCAGGACUGACGUGGAAGAGACCCAGGGAACUGUGUAAAGACCCUCGACUAUUUGUGGAUGGAAUCAGCACAAGGGAUCUGCACCAAGGCAGUCUGGGUAACUGCUGGAUGGUGGCAGCCACAUCAUGUUUGGCAGCAGAAUCCUCACUCUGGAAGAAGGUGAUCCCAGACCACGCUGAACAGGAGUGGCACCCUAAGCGCCCGGAUCAGUAUGCUGGAAUUUUUCACUUUCGUUUCUGGCGACUGGGCCAGUGGACAGAUGUCGUGGUGGAUGAUCGUUUACCAGUCAGUGAGGAUGGAACGCUGCUCUUCUGUCGUUCUGCAACGCCACGGGAAUUCUGGAGUGCUUUGCUGGAGAAAGCCUACGCCAAGCUCAAUGGGUGUUAUGAGGCUCUAGAGGGAGGUAAUACAGCCGAAGCUCUAGUUGAUUUUACUGGUGGCGUCUCUGAGCCACUGAGUCUGAACCAGGUGGAGCUGAUUGACCACGCUGACCAGAGAAAAAUGCUGUUCCAGACACUAGCCCAUGCCCACAGUCACAAAGCACUCAUCACUUGUUCCAUUCGGCCAGCAGAAGGAGAGCAGGUAGAAUCAGUUCUAGACUGUGGACUGAUAAAGGGCCAUGCAUACGGUGUGACUGCAGUCAGGAAACUUCGUAUGUCAGAGACUCUGCACGGCAUAUGUAACGCAGGUCGUUUAUACAUGGUGCGGAUGAGGAACCCCUGGGGCACAGCAGACUGGACAGGAGCUUGGAGCCUUGGGUCUCCACAGUGGCAGCAUCUUAGCCGCAGAGAAAGGGAGAAGAUGGGCCUUAUUGUCCGAGAUGUUGGAGAGUUUUGGAUGGAGUUUGAGGACUUCUGCCGUUACUUCACAGACAUGGUGGUGUGUAGGUUGGCAGAAAAAUCCCUCCUCUGGCCACAGGCUCACUGGAAGGAGGUGUGCUGUCAGGGGGCUUGGACCUACGCAUCUGGGAUUCCACUUCCUUCCUCAUCUUCUUGUCGUCUGAACAUCAAGAACCAGAGGCCUUCAACAGGUCCCCAGUGGUCCAAACAAAGGCCAGCUCAAAGACUAGAUAAAAAAGAGCAAAGACUGAAUGAAAGAAAGAAGGAGGGACCAAUCCAAAGAGAAAAACAGAAAAAGAAAGAGAGUGCAGAAGUAAAACCAAAGCAAAUGAAGGGAGGAAAAGAGCGUGUGAACAGACAAGAAGGUGUAGGCAUGAGAUGGGAGAGGCAAAUUGACAGAAGAAGUCGAUGUGGAGGAUGUAUCAAUCACAGAGACACGUUUCUACACAACCCCCAGUUCAUUUUUGAACUGGUUGGAGAUGGGGCAGAGGUGUUGAUAAGUCUGCAACAGGAGGACAGGAGGAUGAAAAGGAGGGAGGGAAGUGGGGAGAACCUACCAAUCGGCUUUGAGGUUCUAAAGGUGGAGGUGAAUCGUGUGUGUCGUGUUCAGUGUUUAUGUGAGCAGGCUGCUAGCUCUGUGUAUAUGGACUCCCGUAGCGUCACUUUGCGAGUGACUCUCGGUCCUGGACGCUACGUCAUCCUCCCCACUACUUUCCAGCCUGGUGCCACUGGUCGGUUCCUUCUGCGUUUUUUCUCACACUCGCAUGUGCACCUCAGGGAGUUGAAGGAAGAGCUACCUGCUCCUUCAUUGUGGCAGUGUUGUUUUCCUGAGCCCAGCGCUGUAACUACAGUUCAUCUGCUCAAAGCAUCUGGCCUUAGCCAUCCCAAACAAACAGCUCCUGAUGUGUAUGCUGUCAUCCGGUGUGAGGAAGACUCUGUCAGGACUAGAAUUUUCAAAAAAGAUGGAAGCCCUGAAUUCAACACCAAAGCCAUCUUUUACAGCAGGAACCCAAAGUCAAAAAUCUCUAUUGAGCUGUGGAGAAGAGGCGUAUUGUUGGACUCAUUCCUGGGUGGAGCACGACUUCAGACAGGAGGAAAUGAACGAGGACAAAACAGAGUGAUUGACUUGCAGGGUGGCCAAUCACAGGGCUGUGUUUUUGUAGAGACCUCCUCCAGCCAGUGUCUGACAGACCUGUGACUGACAGGCAUGCUCAAGGUAAUGACUGAUGAUAUAUCAUCA